UUGCCAGUUUGUUUAUGGAACAUUUGUAUACACCAUCGUCUAAGCUCGGUUGAUUGCGGGAGUUCCGGGAUGUGAUUUUUCUGGCGUGGCGGCGAUAAAGACGGAGCGAUUUUUUUGUGCGUGGUGACGAAGGUGACGAUGGGUGCGUACGUGCAAAAAUCUGUCUUACAUCGUUGAAAAUGAUACGCUAAAAUGUGUUCAAUUCGAUAAAAAGGCUAGUGAAGGCUUCGCCCUUCUACGUUGGCAACGUCCAGAGUGGCUUCCCAUCGUCACGAAACGUCCGGCGUCGCUGUACGGUGCAUCCGAUACGAUGGCUUGCAUUUUCAUAUGGUGUUUUUUUUUUACGUGAAGUGUUUACUGUACGUGAGGUUUCGGAAGUGAUUGUUUCAUAAGCGCAGGUCUCAGUUUUAUGAUUUCAUGUAAAGUGGAUGUUAAAAUUUAAAUUACAUUGAGCUGCGAACCCUGCAAUCAUUGCAAGUGCUGGUGUUGAAGUGUUGUACGGGCGAAAAAAAAUGUAUGCAUUGAUAGCCAACCGAAAGCAUUGUAUGUUGUAUGCUUUUGUCGCACGUGAAGUGUUCUGUGGUGUGAAUAAUAAUCUACUACAACAGUCCGACAGUGUGCACAAUCCAUCCUUCUCACCGGUACGCCGGAAGAAUAUUAUUCCAUCACAGCAUCGUGGUGUUUUUUGUUGAUAAACGAGCGAGAAGAAAUUGAACGAACGCAACUGCAAAAACCGCGCACUGAACGAAGCAAGUGUCACAACCGUACCACCUUUUGACGAAAACGUCAACAUCAUCUAUCUUUUAACGAAGUUGUGGUUGCGUUCGACUAAAAAUGGGCAGUGGGUUCGCGACAGAAGAAAAUGGCGUCUGCCAACUUUUUGGAAGAAGCGCUUAAAUCAGACGUCGACGAAUCCGCGGUGAAUGCGAUAGUCGGUACGUUAGAAAAUCAGUUGGACGCGAACACGAACCAGGUGCAACAAGUUGAAAGUGGAGCUGGUCCGUUACUGACGGUCGGUGGUGUUAAAAAUCAUACUGCUGGUGCACGCAUUGAGGCAGGCGUUGUGUCUAAUGGGGGUACGGGCAGCAGCAGUAGCAGUGCUUCACCACCAGUACAAGCAGUGUCGUCGACUCUCGCACAGCAGCAAAAGAAACACGGUGGCCUCAUUACGAAUGGUGAAAUAGUGUCGAAUAGUAGUGCGAACCAUAGUGCUAUCAUUAACAACAAUACGAUUACGACCAAUAAUAACAACCUUGGCAAGACGUUCGUGGUGAACGCGAGUGCGAACAGCUCGAUAACGACGGUGAUCGGUGGCAAGGGUGUUGGCGGUAACGCCGUUGUCGGUGGUACGUUAUCGAACAGCGUUGGCCAGCAUCAGCAUCAUCAGCAGCAGCAUCGUAACGCAAUCCCAGCAACGGUGGUUGCCACGGGGGGUACUAACGGCGGAGGCGGCGGAACCGUUAACAUCAUCAGCCAGCAGAUUGUGGUACCUGCGCGUAGUGUUAGCGGUGGCACCGUCGGCCACCAUCCACCUCCGCCGUUCAACGUUCCACCACAGCACAGCUACAGCUCGGCAGCAUCGGGCAACAGCAGCGGCAACAGCAUCGUUCUCAGCAAUAACCAUCUCGUAACGUCGUCGAAUAUGCCAAAGAAUGAACCAGUGAAAUUGGUUUAUCCUGCAGCCGGCGGUACACAGACGGCGGUCCUCAACAUGAAUAACAACCGCGUCACGCUGACCCCGUCCUCGCUGCCGAACGGGACACUUACGAUGUCCCAGCAGCCGCAGCUGAUACAAACGAACGUGGUGGCGACCGGUGGCGGGACCAAAACUAUCACUGGCACCACAAUCCAGCAGCAGCAGGUCGCGGGUCAGCCGGGCCAACAGCAGCCGGGUGCCGCACCGCAGACGAUCAUCAUCAAGAACUCGUCCGGUGGUGGCACGGUCAUGAAUACCGGCACGCCCGGCAUCGUGACGGUUUCGAAACCGAUCAACAAUCAGGCAACACCAAACAUAGUCGGUUUACCCGGUGUACAAAUUGUAAAUGUUAGGCCUGGCGCACAACCCACACAAGCACAGCAGAAAACUGUUGCCGCUGUAUCACCUAGAGUUGUUAUUGGUAGUCAGCCAAUAGUUAGUACUAGACCACCAAACGCAAGCGCUAUCACAUUAAGUGCCCUUCAAGGACAGCAAGGUUCAACGCUGCUGCUGAAAAACGAGCAGGGCCAGUUUCAGCUGCUCCGGAUCGGUCCGGCCCCAGCCGGCACCCAAAUAACACCCGCCAGUCUUACUGGAUCGUCCGCCAACCCAACGAUACGGUUGCAAACUGUACCAGCUGUAAGUAGGUUUACCGGUCCUCCAUUAGCCCUCCGAAAGACCAUUGUCACCAGUGCGCAACAGGUGAAACAGAAGCAAAAUACACAUUCAUCCGGGUCAGGUGCAAUAAUAGUGAGCUCACAGUCGAUAACGACAGCACCGACCAGCUACAUCUCCACCCAACCGACGCCGGUUGCAUCGGUAGCACCGGUACCGGCCCUUGCCGCUCAGCAAAAUAUCACGAUCACUCACUCCCCGUCGCAGGUGGGAGGGCAACCGACGGUGCUAGCGGCACAGCAGCACCAGCAGCAGACGACGACGGUCGUCGCGACACCUCAUUCCGUAGGCCAACAGCAGUCGCAACAGCAGACGGUUGUUGUUACCACCACACCGGGUACGACACCGGCGCAGCAGCGAAACUCCUUAGAUAAUACCAAAGAAAAGUGUAGCAAAUUUUUGACGAACCUAAUCGAACUCUCGAAGCGGGAACCGGCCAAGGUGGAGCAGAAUGUGCGAACGCUGAUACAGGAGUUGGUGGAUGCGAACGUCGAUCCGGCGGAGUUUUGCGAAAGGCUCGAGCGCCUACUGAACGCUAGUCCGCAACCGUGUUUGAUUGGCUUUCUGAAGAAAAGUUUACCACUGCUACGGCAAUCGCUAGUGACUAAAGAAAUAACGAUCGAAGGUAUCAACCCACCCUCGACCGCUGUAGCCUUUGGUACUACCGCCUUAUCCCAAAUUCCUGCCCAAAUACGUCCGGUCGCACCGACGAUCGUGUCGCAGAACAGUAUGGUCGGACAGACACAAAUCCGUAUGCUAACCUCUCAAUCCGGCAUGACGACAGUGCCACGUAUCGGACAAACCACCAUCCGGCCGGCGGCCCCGGUGCGAAUACAAACGCCCCUACAGCAACACCAAACGGGUUCGACGACAACGACUAUUGUAGGACCACGCUCCAUUACUGCCCAACAAAUACGACCAAACGCAACGACGAUCGGUCAUACGACGAUCGUGCAGACGGCGGGCGGCCAACAGCUGCCGCAAACCAUCUCAACCACACCUCCUGCAUUGCUACCGAUCCGCGCACCGUCCGGCACCUCGAUUACACGUACUGGCGCGACGUUACAGAUACGCACCACUACACCGGUGUCACGCACGGUUACGUCCGUCGGCGGCACGACGGUAACGACGGGCGGGAUCGGCAAACAGAUCCUCCAGACGCAAGUCAAUCAGAUCCGCGGACAGACGCCGGUUGCUUCGGUGGCGGCCGUCGCUGCGGCGGCCGCUGCCGCCGCUUCCGGGUCCACUGCAACGCAAGUAAAGCAAGUGACAGCAAUUACCGGCGGUGGGAACGUGGUGGUUAGUUUGAACCAAGUGCCACCUCCGAUGCAGCCAGUGUCAGGGAACGCAAGCGUCAUUGGCAGUACCGCGGGCUCGCUGGCCGUUAGUCUUGUACCGACCAUGCCCGCCCUCACGCUCACCUCCUCGGCGGUAAGCGCCGGACUGGGUGCGGGUGUUGCAUCUUCGGCAGCGACGGCGGUGCCCGGCGGCAUCGCCGCGACGGUCGUUGUAAACUCUUCGUCCACCGUACCGGUGCCAACGGGAGCCGCUUCGCUCGGCACGGCUGCGACCGGUGUCGGUAGCAAUAGUAGUAGCGGGAUAGUGGCCGGUGCGACCGUUACGAGCGUAUCGACUAAUAAAACUGUUACCGCCAAAUCGCAGAACCUCUCGGGCGCGUCCAAGAAGAAGGCUAGCUCAUCGUCGGCCGCCAGCGGCACGGAUCCGGAGAGUGCGGCCAGCAAGCGGGCCGGUGCGUCGGCACAGUCGCAGUUCUAUCACCACCAUGCGUCCAUGUACGGGGACGACGACAUAAACGAUGUGGCCGCGAUGGGCGGUGUUAAUCUGGCGGAAGAAACGCAACGCAUCCUCGGUUCGACCGAGUUCGUUGGGACGCAGAUACGUUCGUGCAAGGACGAAGUGUUUCUCCAUCUGCCGGCACUGCAAUCGAGAAUACGUAACAUUAUCGCACGCCACGGUCUCGAGGAGCCGAGCAAUGAGGUGGCCGUGUUGAUAUCGCACGCCUGCCAGGAACGGUUAAAGAACGUCGUCGAGAAGCUAGCCAUCAUUGCGGAACAUCGGAUAGAUAUCAUUAAGCUCGAUCCGCGAUACGAAGUCACCAAGGAUGUGCGAGGACAGAUAAAAUUUCUUGAAGAGCUAGACAAAGCCGAACAGAAGCGGCACGAAGAGCAGGAGCGAGAAAUGCUAAUGCGGGCGGCAAAAUCGCGCUCCAAAACUGAAGAUCCGGAACAGGCAAAAUUAAAGGCAAAGGCGAAAGAAAUGCAACGCGCCGAAAUGGAGGAACUGCGGCAAAGGGAUGCAAAUAUGACCGCGUUGCAAGCCAUCGGUCCGCGAAAGAAGCCCAAACUCGAGGAAGGUGUAACGGCAUCUGCUACGCCUGGUGUGUCUGGUAUCGGUACGUUGAGUGGGAAAACGCCCACACCAUUGCGGCCGCGUAUCAAACGAGUCAACCUGCGCGAUAUGCUGUUCUAUCUGGAGCAGGAGCGGGAUACCGGGAAAAGUCAGAUGCUUUACAAAGCCUACCUCAAGUGAUCGAUUGUGCUGCUGCCGCCGGUGGAGGCUAGAAGAAUGACGAUCGCGACCAAACGACAGUUCGCCGUUUCUACGUAUAAAGGGCAAUCGAUUGCUAGCAUCUUGCGCUGCCGUGUAUUGUUGUAUCUUACUGCUAGUUCCCUGUCAGUGUGCGUGGCGUUUGAUGCACACGUGCCACAAUUUUCCUAUAGUGGAUGGAACAUUUGUGAUGUAUUUGGUUGCACGCACAUUCAGGUGUGAAUCGUUUCAACACCGAGGAUCGGCAUGUGUAUGCGUGUCCAUUUACGCAUGAUUAAGAGGAGCGGGUUAGGAUGUGAACUGAUUUUCUAUGUUAUAAACGAUAGAUUCCUAACCUUACCUUUUUUUGCGUCAUCAGUCUACACUCGCCCUUGGUCGAGAGAAAAUUAAUCUAGACGGUCGAAAUCCAUGGAAAUCAGCACAAUAGUGCUACAUACAGAGUAAUAACGUCAAUAGAAACAAGCAUACAAACCAUACUCCCCCCGCGAAGCCAGUCAGGAAAUGUGUUUAGAAGCAGAGGAAAUAGUUUUAGAAUGACACGCAAGUUGAAUAUUGUCCAGGGGAUUGAAGUGGAUAGUGGUAAUGACAUGUGAAAUGCUAGAGAAAAAGAUAGGAUGUGAGGUGGUUUCGUUGUAUAGAUAAACUGUGCAUAAGCUAGAAUAUUGGGGUUUGUAACAGAAGAAUAUAUUCUAUAAUGCAGCAAAGUGGAUGAGAACUAUAGUCGGAAAUGCUGUUUUGAAACCGUAGAUAGUAGCGAGCCCAGUCAAAAGUUUUGAAUGAAAACGAAGUAAAAAAAACAACUGCGGCAUUGUGUGUGUGUGAAUGCGCGUGUGUAUGAUUGUGCUGAAUGGUCCAGUAGCGGGGCACUAUCGAGCAACACAGCUUGUGAUAAGAAAGUGCGUGUGUCUGUGUGUGCGUGCGUGAUCGUGUGCGAUUGUGUGUAAAUAAACAUGAAUAAGUCUCCUGGCGCUACCGGUAAUAGAAAAGGGAAUAAAAAUUUAACAAAUCAGAAAACGAAAA